UAAUCUGUACCAUAAUUCAAAACCUGACACCUGACAUACUGUCAUGAAAUCAAAAUGUUAAGAUAUAUUUAUUUGCUGUGUUUCUUUUAUUUCGAGCUAAUUUAUUGUUAUAACUCUAUCCACGGUAAAGAGCACAGGAGAUUGAGAAGGCAGGGGAAUGUGGCUCACAACGGGCAUAAGACUACCGCAAGCGGCCCUUACGAGAAUUUAGAUAUGAUUAAUUUUAUGAAACCUGAAGCUGAAGUCUUUGAUGCUUAUAACUAUGAGAAACCACAACGAUUAAGUAUCGAGGAGCUCCCUCUGGCGCGCCUGCGCCGCUCGCGCCACGAGCCCGCCUACGAACAGACUGCGCACGCGCACCGCCGGCUGCAAAGCCGCCAGCUCGCACACCAUCCCAAAAGAAAGUGCACCUUCGCCUUGUUCCCUUUUUUUUCCCAUAAAAACAAGACCAAACCCAAACUGAAGCAGGACAAGCGAAAAUCCCACUCCUUUCGAUUCUCCAAACCCAAAGACCAUGGCUACAACCCCCCCUUAGCUCCUGACAAACGGGAACAGAAGAAAAACCAUAUAACAGAAAAUAUUGAAGUUACAACCAUGAAAGAUAUCGCACAGAAUUGCAAAAUGAAAAAUUCAGCGAAAAUCAUACACAACAGUAGACUUUACUUCGCUAAUCCUUAUAGAAUCAAUGAUGAAGGUACUUAUGGGAAUUAAGAAGCAAGUAACGA